AUGGAGCUUGGAGAUGGAGCAAUUCUCCUCCCGGCAGCCGGCACUACCUACCUGAUCUUCUGGGAGCGGAAAUGGUGGCAAUGCCCAGGGAAGCUCCCCCCUGGGCCAAUGCUGCUGCAGUUCCUAAGCCACAUACUGCAGCUGAAGCAGCGUGGAUUCAACAAGCUGCUGAUGAAGGCAAGUCUUCUCUUGGCUAACGGAGCACGGUGGAAGCAGCUCCGGCGAUUCUCCGCUUCAACCCUGAGGAAUUUUGGGAUGGGGAAAAAAAGCAUUGAGGAGCGGAUCCAGGAAGAAUCUCAGUACCUGGUAGAGGAGAUGGGGAACACCAAAGGUUCUCCCUUCAACCCCACCCUCGCCAUCACACACUCGAUUGCCAACGUCAUCUGCUCCAUUGUCUUUGGGAACCGCUUCGACUACAAGGACCAGAAGUUUCUGAACUUGAUGGGCAGCAUCAACAACGCAUUCUUGGAUAUGAGCAAGACCUCAAGUAUGCCAUCCCAAAGCCCCAUUCCCAGUGCAGACUCAGGGCCUCCAACAGGUUCUAUGAGAUGUUUCCGAGGAUCAUGCAAUACAUACCCGGCCCACACAAUCGGGCUCAUAACCACUACAAGGCCCUACAAGAGGGUGAGGAUAAAUCAGCAGAGCCUGGACCCCAGCUGCCCUCGGGACUUCAUUGACUCCUUCCUCAUCAGGAUGGAAGAGGAAAAGCAAAACCCACAGAGUGAAUUCAGCACCAGGAACCUGGUGGACACAGCAAUCCAGUUAUUCUUUGCUGGGACAGAGACAACGAGCUCCACCUUGAGAUUCGGACUCCUGUUCUUGGUGAAAUACCCAGAGGUCCAAGACAAGGUGCAUGAGGAAAUCGACCGCGUCAUAGGGCGGACCCACAGCCCAGCCAUGAACGACCGAGGCCGGAUGCCGUACACCAACGCCGUGAUCCACGAGAUCCAGAGACUGGCUAACAUCCUUCCAUUUGGGGUUCCGCGCAAAGUGACCUGCGACACCCGCUUCCGGGGGUACCUUCUCCCCAAGGAUACAGAUGUCUGCAUUGCCUUGGGCAUAAUUCUCCAGGACCCCAAAUACUUCAAGGAUCCAAAAAGCUUUCACCCGGAGCAUUUCCUGGCCGAAGAAGGCCACUUCAAAAAGAAUGAUAGCUUUCUGCCAUUCGGCACAGGAAAGAGGGUGUGUCUGGGCAAGAGCCUGGCCCUCAUGGAGCUCUUCCUGAUGCUGACCACCAUCCUGCAGCGCUUCACCCUGAAAUCACCAAAAGAGCCGCAGGAAAUCGAUCUCACCCCAAAAGUAAAUGGAUCUGGAAUUGUUCCUCCCAGCUACGAGCUCUAUGCCCUCCCGCGGGAGGAAGGGCUGCACGACAGCACCUAG